AUGACCAUUUCGACAACGAAUCCUACCAUAAAUUUCACCGAUGAUCAAGGCCUAAUGGUGGCAGAAUUAAAGCCAGAAGUGAAAAAAAACGACCCAAAUAAGGCUCCCAUUGUAGUGGACAAUCAAUCACAUGUAAAAUCCGCAAUGUCUGGUCCUCCUGCGGCUGAUAAUAAUUCGGUGGGCAGAAGACCAGGUAGCGAGGAUUCAGAGGAGGAGGAGGAUUCAGAGGCAGCGGAGGAAGUUGAGUCUGAUGUUCUACGUCAGAGCCAGUUUCUAAGGAUCCGAGGUCUCUCGAGACUUUACACACAGGUUGGUCUUCUUACACUGACUGAUAUCUGGGGAUAA